UUUUUAUAUUUAUAUCAUUCUUUUGUUAAGACAAACUUCUCCCACCAUGGCACUGGUUAUGGAGCCUGUGAGCAAGUGGAGCCCGGGUCAAGUGGUCGACUGGAUGAAAGGCCUGGACGACUGCCUGCAGCAGUACAUCAAGACCUUUGAGAAGGAGAAAGUAGGGGGCGACCAGCUGCUACGGAUCACCCACCAGGAGCUGGAGGACUUGGGGGUGUCCAGAAUCGGCCACCAGGAGCUCAUACUGGAAGCUGUGGAUUUACUCUGUGCACUGAAUUACGGUUUGGAGACUGAGAAUCUGAAGACUCUUUCUCAUAAGCUCAGUGCGUCUGCCAAGAACCUGCAGAACUUCAUCACAGGCCGCCGGCGCAGCAGUCAGUACGACGGCCGAGCCACUCGAAAGCUGCCCAAUGACUUCCUCACCUCCGUGGUGGACCUCAUCGCUGCUGCCAAGAGCCUCCUAGCGUGGCUAGACAGGUCUCCUUUCGCAGCAGUGGCUGAUUACUCUGUGACCAGAAACAAUGUGAUCCAGCUCUGUCUGGAGCUCACCACGAUCGUGCAGCAGGACUGUUCUGUGUACGAAACUGAAAACAAGAUCCUGCACGUGUGUAAAACUCUGUCCGAAGUGUGCGACCAGAUUAUCUCUCUGUCCUCGGAUCCAACGGUGUCCCAGUCUGCACACUUGGAGGUCGUUACACUCGCCAACAUAAAAUCUGCAGAAGGCUUGGGCAUGUACAUCAAAUCAACGUAUGAUGGUUUGCAUGUAAUCACCGGGACCACCGAAGGAUCCCUGGCUGAUCGCUGUAAGAAAAUCCACGCUGGAGAUGAAGUCAUUCAGGUCAAUCAUCAGACAGUGGUGGGCUGGCAGCUGAAGAACCUGGUGAACCUGUUGCGUGGGGACCCUGCAGGUGUCACCUUAACGUUGAAGAAACGCCCACAGAGCACACUCACAUCAACCCCUGCUCUGCUCAAAAACAUGAGAUGGAAACCAUUAGCUCUGCAGCCCGUUUUCCCUCAGAGCCCCAGCAGCAGCGUCGCUACGCCCACCAGCACUUUAAGCACGCCGUCCAGGAGGAGUAGCUGCGCCCUACAGGAUCUCUACAUCCCGCCUCCUCCAGCAGAGCCCUACACCCCCAGAGACGAUAAGGAGGAUCUGCAGGAUGAGGAUCAUCAGAUGGACGUCCAAGCCGCGGAGGGAUCUGAGUCACCGAACUCCUACCUGGACCAGGAAUGUCGGCGGCGGUUUCCCCUGGUGGAGGAGGAUUCUAUACUCUACUGCUACGAGUACGACCAGAACCAGGAGGCGUCGUCAGUCCGCAGGGGGAGCACUCCCACAUAUGGCAGGCUCAGGCCCGUCUCGAUGCCGGUGGAGUACAACUGGGUGGGAGACAGCGAGGACCUGACGAAGCUGACGAGGGAGAGCAGGAGAGAGAAUUCCCUGCUGCGUUUUGUGAGCGAGGACAAACCCCCCGGGGAGAACUUCCUCCUGAGCCGCAGCCUGAGUCAGAACAGGAGGAAGACGGAGCGAGGAAGUAGCCCCAACCACUACACGCUGGUCCCCGCCAUCCAGAUGGAUGUGGCCCUGUCCACAUCCAGCUCAGACUCUGCAUCCCUGUAUCAUGUGUUUGAGCGCUCCUCACUGCUGACACGGUCUAAGAAGAAAAAUAAAGCUGGAAGUCCGAUGGCGUCGAUCAGCAAACGGCGGAUCUCCUGCAGAGACCUGGGGCAGGGCGACUGUCAGGGCUGGCUGUGGAAGAAGAAAGACGCUAAAACCUAUUUUUCGCAGAAGUGGAAGAAGUACUGGUUCAUCCUGAAAGACACGUGUCUGUACUGGUACAUGAACGAAGAGGAUGAGAAAGCGGAGGGCUUUGUCAGCCUCCCCGAAUUCAAGAUUGACCGUGCCUCUGAAUGCAGAAGGAAAUAUGCUUUCAAGGCUUGCCAUCCGAAGAUAAAGACCUUCUACUUUGCUGCGGAAAAUAUAGAUGACAUGUCCCGGUGGCUGAGUCGCCUCAGUAUGGCAGUUGCGGGCUACUCGGAGCAGGAACAAAUGCGCCAGGAUCAAGAUUACUGGAGCGAGAGUGAUCAUGAGGACAUGGAGGCGCCCCCAGUCCCCAAACGAGACAGUCCACCUCCUCCUUAUGACACAUAUCCCAGAGCAUCUUCUGUGAGUCCCUACUUGGAGCCAAAACGCAGCCACCUCUCCUCUUCUGACACAUUCCAGUCUCGUUCCUCGCACGAGGAGUACCACUCGGAGCCUCAGGAAAGCAGCAGCACGAACAGCAUCUCGCCGGGGCAGAAGUCGAGCAGCCACCGAAACUCGUGGCACGACCAGAUGGAGAGCAACACCAGGAUGCACUACCUGCAGACGUUUCCGGUGGAAGAUCCCAUGCAGCCUGAGGACAGAAAUCAGCUGGAGAUGGAGUACCGCAGGCAGUCCACUCUGCCUGCGCAGCGCAGCCUGCUGCAGGAGCAGUACCGAGCUCUGCCGCUGCCCCUCAGGGCCAGCAUCGACUCAGACGCAGGAGGAAAACCUCGCAGCUUCACACUUCCCAGGGACAGCGGGCUUCAUGCCAUCCUGACCGCCACCGCUCCUGCAUCGGAUCAGAGAGAGCCCCAGCACUACCACCCAGACCAGACCAGAGGCACAGGUCAUGGACGGGACUGCAGGCUGCAGACUGACUCUCUGGUGGAUCUGUACCGAGCUCUGGAGCAGACCAAUCUUUCAACCUCCGCUGACCACAGAUCAGCCAGCCGCCUGGAGUACAAGCGCUCCUUUGUCCGCAGAGUUAACGACCCGCUUCUGAAUGAUAAGCUUCACCGCCUGCGGGUCCUUCAGAGCUCACUGAAGAAUGUUCCUCUUCAAGGCACGAAUCGGUCGUUGGGGUUUCUAGGGUAGUCUGUUGAAGAUCACCUCCAAAGCAUUACUUUACUUCGGCUUGUGCCUCAUGCUGUCAA